AUGCAACAGGAUAGAUUCUUCUUAGAACUAAAUUAAAAGGGAGAAAUUGAAGGUAGUCACGACAAGGCCAUCUAUGUGCGCCAACAUCAGAUAGUUAGAAUCUUCGUUCGCAAUCGCAAACAAGGCUAUCAUCCACACGUGAUCAUGCAAAAAGGUUAUAAGCAUGUAUAUGAGAUGGAUAAUUUGACUUUGAAAUAAAUUUAGCAACAUCAUGAAGUAAAAGGAUUUACACUCGAUUCAUCAGGUGAUUGGAAGGUGGACGUUGAAUUUGCAUUGACUGGUGCAGCUUAUUUGAGAUUGUGUUGGUUUGUUGCUCAGGAUAAGCCUGUAGUCUUGGGAGUGGAGAAUCACAUAAUAGUUUAGCCAAAUCAUGUCGAUAAACUCUAGGAAAUCACCAUAUAGACACUGCUACCCUACUGUUUGGGCAAGUUUGAGGAUUACGAAAAGUAAAUUCGUUCUCAAGUCGAUUUGGGUUACGAGGCUUUCCAUUUCCCGCCUAUUUAACAGUUGGGACAAUCACCCAGUUUAUAUGCAAUUGCUGAUCAGCAAAAGUUGAAUACUGACAUUUUUGGGAAUCACACAUAUGAUGAUUUAAAAUAACUUUUUGCUAAAUUUCCAAACACUUACUUUUUUAUAGAUAUCCUAUUAAAUCACACUGCGUUUGAUUCCAGUUGGUUAGUUCAACCAGAAUUUGAAAAUGCUACUUAUAAUGUUAAGAAUUCACCCCAUUUAGAAGCAGCCAUUCUAAUGGAUUGUGCUAUUGCAGAAUUUAGCAAUAAAUUAGGAUCAGGUGUGUUGACUCAAUAUCCCAGAAACACAAUUUAUAACGAAAAUGAUCUGAAUCAAGUUAUGGACAUUUUGGAACAUGAGUACAUAAGAAAAUUGAAUAUUCAUGGAUACUUCUAAUUCAAUAUAAAUGCAGUUGUAAAUGAAAUACAGACUAGAUGCAAUAAAAUAGUAAAAAACAAGAGUGAGUAAUUGGAGGAGAAUCAAAACAUCUUCAUUAAAAGUGCAAGUGAAGUCAUGCUCCAAUUGAUAGGAAAGGAGACAAUCUUAAAAGGUUAUAAGGAAUAUGGAGUAUCAUUAAAUUACGAUGCAAUAAUUGAAUUUCUGAACAAAGAUGAGAAUUACAAGAAGGUGUCUUUGGAAUACAUCCAAGAAUUGUUGCAAUAUUAUAAUCACCAAUUUUGGAACGAAGCUGAAUCCUACAUCAGAGAAGCUAUGAAUUCUACCAGAGGCUAAGUCACUUGGUGGAAAUUGACAUUGAAGAAUCCCUUCGUGGAAGUAAACGAAAAGGGAGAUUCUCUGGUUCCAAGAUAUUUCACUAAGUUAAGCAAUGGAAAAUAUGUGGCCAAUAAUGGAUGGAUUUAAGGCUUCGAUCCUUUGAAUAAUUUCGCAGAGAACCAGGAACAUCAUUAUUUGAGAAGGACAAUUGUAAUAUGGGGAGACUUGGUGAAGCUUAGAUAUGGACACAAGAAAUAGGACAGUCCUGCAUUGUGGAAAUACAUGAAGAAAUAUGUUCAAUAGAUGGCCAAGAUAUUCGCAGGGUUGAGAUUGGAUAAUGCCCAUUCAACUCCCAUGAUCGUAGGAGAAUAUAUGAUGAGGAAGGCAAGGAAAGCCAAUCCAAACAUCCUAGUCUUUGCUGAGUUGUUCACGGGAUCUCCGGAGAAAGAUUCAAUAUUUACAAAAACUAUGGGUAUCAAUUGUUUGGUUAGAGAAACUAACAGGUGUCAUGAUGCUGGUCAUUUGAAUAGGGAAUUACAUUAUUAUAGUGGAGAUGGUAGAAUGUCCAUUGGAUCUUUACCCAAAUUACAAGAAUAAUUUGAAUCAAUCAAUGAAACCUUUACUAUCCUCUAACCUUAAUAUAGUCCUGCUUUGAUUUAUGAGUAAUCACAUGAUAAUGAGUCAUUGAUCUCCACUCAUGGUUACAGACAUCAAUUACCAAUUGCAGCUUUAAUUACAUUUAGUAGUUGUAUGGGUGGAACUGUCAGGGGAUAUGAUUGUUUCUUGCCAAAUAGGUUAUCAGUUGUAGAUGAAAGGAGAAUAUAUAAUAUCGUGCCUCCCACUGAAAAUGUGGUUGUAGAAAGACAAUCAAUAAUAGCAUUCAGGUUUGAUGGAUCACCUAAUUAAUUUGUAGAAGUGUUUGGAUCCUGGGAUAAUUGGCAAAGAGGUUUAGUUUUGAAUGCUCAUCAUAACAUUUAUACUUCAACUUUGAAGUUGAAUGAAGGAUUUUAUGAAUAUAAAUAUAAAGUCAACUCCAAUUGGGUCGAUCAAAUUAAUAGGAAAUUAAUAGUAGAACCUAAUCCUACUAAGUUACUGACAACCAUGGAAUUAGUUAGAUUCAAAUUACAUCAGAUUAAGGAGGAACUUAAUCAAUCCUUCCCUUUCAUCUUUUGUUAAAAUUAAAGUGAUACUAUUUAAAUCAUCACCAGAGAAACAUAAGACAAGUGCAGAUCUAAGGUUUUGAUUACUGUCCCUUCAUUUGGAAUUCCCAAUUCAUUUAGUUCAAUCAAAUUGCCAGGACAAAUUGUCAAAGUAGAUGCAAUAUUCUAUCAUGAAGAUUUCAUAUAAUUUCCUGAGUAGAAUAAUCAAAUCAUAGAGGCAUCAUAAGUCAGGAUCAUCUAGCAUCAGAAUAUUAGGGAAUUCGCUGAAAUCUAAGACAAUGAAUUAAGAUUCAUCAAUUUACCCUCCUCAUUCACUGCAGUCAUCGAAUGCCACAUUGACCCUGAAUAACAGAAGAAUUUACAAUCCCUAGAAACCAUUUUAAAUGAUGCUUCCUAAUUGCAACAUUUCAAAGCUUUGAGUUCAUCCUAAUUAAAUUACUUACUUUUUAUGUCUGAACCUGAAGAAAGAGACAAAAAUAAUACUGGAUUGUAUUUCAUUCCCAACUACAGACAACUUAUUUAUGCUGGUUUUGCUGGUCCUCGCUCUGCCACCAGAGAAGCUUAAACUGUUAAUAAUUUGGCACAUCCCAUCUGUGAAAAUUUGAGAAAUGGAGAUUGGUUAUUGGACUAUUUGAAUGAUAGAGUACAACGCUAACUUGGAUAAUUGGAAAUAUCUAAAUUAAUCAAUUCUAUCACACAAUAAAUUAAGAACAUACCUCGUUUUCAUAUUCCAUCCUAUUUCUGUAAGUUUGUUGAUUGCAUCUACAACAACUUUUUAAAAGAGAGUUGA